AUGCAUGGUGCGGAGAUGCCCUUUCAGCCCGUGGCUGGAAUGCCUCCGGGGCAAGAUCCAUACAUGAACCAAUAUGUUCCAGGUCCUGUUAACAACAUUCAAGGCCAAGAAGGUUUUCAAUCUAAUCAUUCAUGUUCACAAUCAUCCGUGAAGCGGCUGCGUCUCAUACACAGAACUCUCGAAGCGGAUGCUCCAUCAAUCGGCUGGGGAAACCUGGGACGAAUUGAUCCAAAUAUACAGACAUUCACAUCUGAUGGCGCUAAUAUCGCGGGGUCGGCGGAGAGGCUGUAUACUGGAGGCAGUAGCAGCACGCCAAAUGAUUCGACUACCUCGACCGAUGCGACAUCUUCAUUUGAACCAAAGACAUCCAUGUCCCCUCCUCCUGUUCCUUUACAAUCAAUUCCUAGUACCUCAGUUAUCUUUGGGCCGAACGUGCUGGAGAGCGGGAAAGUCGAUUUAUCCAAAUGUCGACCUCGAGCUUCAAUUCCUCCCAAGAUCCCUUCUUCGGUGUAUGGCAGGCAAUGCAUUCAAGCAGCUUAUGCAUCUCGGCUCAAUCCUUAUGCCCUUCAUCGAAAGGAACAAGAAUUUUUACAAGACCACCUUUGUCACGUUCACGUCACAAUUUACCUCAACCUACGAAAUGGAAUACUGCUACUGUGGGGAAGAAAUCCCAUGGUGGCUGUUACAAGGGAAGAAGCUCUCGGAUGUGCAAAAGACUAUCGAUGGAUGAAUCUGGCAUCAUUUGCUUACGACUGGCUUGUUCGGAAUGGCUACAUCAACUUCGGCUGCGUGGAGGCACCGUUGUCCCCAGUGAAGCCCAAGCGCGGAAGACGAAAGGAGGGACCGACAAUUGUUGUAAUCGGCGCUGGAGUGUCUGGCUUGGGAUGUGCACGCCAGCUGCAAAGUCUAUUCCGCCAAUAUCGGAAUGAAAAUGCAUUACCUCGGGUCAUUGUUCUCGAGGGACGUCGCAGAGUUGGCGGCCGCAUAUACUCACAUCCCUUGCACAGUCUCGAAUCCAAAACUUUGCCUGAGGGGUUGGUUCCCAAGGCAGAGAUGGGCGCGCAAAUCAUCGUUGGUUUCGAUCACGGCAACCCACUGGACGCGAUUGUUCGUGGCCAGCUGGCUCUUCACUACCACAAGAUACGAGAUGUUUCAACAAUCUAUGAUACCGACGGAUCACCCGUGGAUGAAGUCCAAGAUGCAAUGGCAGAGAAGCUUUACAAUGAUGUACUGGAACGGACCGGAGUCUACCGCCGCAAGGCAGUGAUCGUGCCAACUGCCGAGGGCGAUCGAGACAUGAUUGAUACUGGUCGCGAGUCGGUAGUGGAUGACGGACUCACUGUUCGACAAUGGGAAGAGGCAAGGGCAGCCGGAACGACUGAUCUCCUGGUACCUACCAAGCGAGUUCGUCGCGGGUUAAAACACAAGACUGCGGAUAUCAGACCAGCCACCGACGCAGCAGCUGAUCUUGUGGAGCAUUCUGACGAGAAUCCAGCGGCUUUGACUUGUCAGCUUACCGGUUGGAAUUUGAACCCUGGCUACACUGUGAACGAUACAAUAGAGCUGGACGAGAUUGCCAAGCAGAAGCCUCAGCAGACACUGGGUGCAGUUAUGGAUGAGGGUAUCAAGCAAUACGAGCGCAUGCUUCCAGUGACACCUAAGGAUAUGCGCUUGAUGAACUGGCAUUUCGCUAAUCUCGAGUACGCCAAUGCAUCCAAUGUCAAUAAGCUCAGUCUUUCAGGUUGGGACCAAGAUAUCGGAAAUGAGUUUGAGGGUGAACAUUCACAGGUUGUUGGUGGUUACCAAGAACUACCCUAUGGAUUGUACAUGCUUCCUGAAAAACUCGAUGUCCGUACCAACAAGGUUGUCACCGACAUCUCCUACAAUGAACAUGGGUCCGGCAGCAACAAGAACGCGGUCAUUCAGUGUGAGGAUGGCGAGAACUUCAUGGCAGAUCACGUUGUAUUUUCGGGCUCCCUCGGAGUGCUGAAACGGCAAAACAUCAGCUUCCAACCUCCACUUCCAGACUGGAAGCGCGGUGCAAUCGACAGACUAGGAUUCGGAGUCAUGAACAAGGUGAUCUUAGUGUUUGAGGAGCCGUUCUGGGACACGAAACGAGACAUGUUCGGCCUUCUCCGUGAACCAACCAACCCCGCUAGCAUGGUCCAAGAAGACUAUGCGGCAAACCGAGGCCGCUUCUAUAUGUUCUGGAAUGUCAUGAAGACCACGGGUCUUCCAGUCUUGAUCGCUCUCAUGACCGGUGACGCAGCUCACCUGGCAGAGUCCACACCAGACGAAGAGAUAGUCAGCGAGGUUACUAGCCAACUUCGAAACGUCUUUACGCACACCAUUGUGCCCGAUCCCCUCGAGACAAUUGUCACCCGCUGGGGCCAAGAUCCCUUCACAUACGGCAGUUAUUCCUACGUAGCUGCAGCCGCCUUCCCAGACGACUACGACUUAAUGGCCAAAUCAAUCGGCAACCUCCACUUCGCCGGAGAAGCCACCUGCGGCACGCACCCAGCCACCGUCCACGGAGCCUUCCUAUCAGGAAUCCGCGCUGCCUCAGAAAUCGUCGAGUCAGUAGCAGGACCAAUCGAAAUGGCGCACCCACUGGUCCCAGACAAGAAUGACAAAACAAAGUUCACGCGCGGCAAAUCCUCAACACCAAAUGGUACAACGACCAGAAAAAGAAAAGGAAGCUCAUCAAUCUCCUCCUCAACCGAAACACCCUCCACCGCAACAACAACCCAACCCAAACCCUCAACUUCAUCCUCCAGAAAACCAAUCUCAACGGAAAAAUCCCGCAAAGACGCUUACGACCAGGCCCUUUGGAUAAACAUCUACUCAGAACUAGGGCCCGCCCCUCCGCGCCCCACAAAAUCAGGCCUGAACCCCUUCCUCUUCUACCAAAAGGACUACUGGACCCAAUGCCGCGACGCGUGCGACCAAGCCCGGCGCACAUCAUCCAACAACCCAAACGCAAAGGCUCCCCGUGACGAGAUCCGCGCUGCGCUGGGCCAGAUGUGGCGUACUGCCAGUCCGGAUAUUAGACAGCCGUAUCUGGAUAAGGUGGAGGGGAAUCGGCGUGACAAUGCUGAGGCGUGGGAGAGUUGGAAGGUUACCGUUGCUGAAUGGGAGCGUAAGACUUUUGAGGUUAAGGAUCGGUGGUGUGCGCUGAAUCCGUUUGAUACUUGGGUUAUGCCUGAGGAUCUGAGUGAGGGGGUGGGGUGUCUGUUCCUGUUCUUGCACCUGCAUUUCCAAUUGAUUCUGGUGCUAGUAGUAGUGCUGGUGGACGUUAGUUGGUUCUUGCUUUUUGUUUCUUUUUCUUAUGCUAUCUUCGGGGGUGCUCUAUUUAGACUGGGGAGUUAG